AAUAAAAAUUAAUAUGGCGUUUGAAAACGUUUUAUUAAAUGGCGGAUUAUUAUUAAUCGCUAUGAUAGUUCUUUCUACUGCUAUAAAAAAUGACUUUGCAAUUAAUCGUUAUCAGUCAGAUUAUAUAAAACCGUUACAUUAUGAUAUCAAAAUAAGACUUUACAUCAAAAGAAAUAUUUUUACCCGUGAACAUAAUUCCACCAUUCGUAUUGAUCGUAAAAUCUCAAAUAUAACUAUACGAUUGUCGACUAAUGGUAUACAUAAAAUUUUUUUAAUUGACAAGAAUGAGAAGGUUUACAUACCAAAAUAUGUGGUUUAUAAAAACCACACUAUUUUUCUUGAUUUUAGCAAGACAUAUCAAUCUCAAUAUAAAAAUUUUAUAUUAUUACCUGGUACAUAUAUUUUAAAGAUGACAUAUAUACAUAUCAUGUUUGAUUCAAAGAACUUUGACAAAUAUCACGUAGGCGCAAAUGGAGAUCAAGUAGUGGCCGCGACAGGUAUUAAGAUAAUGAGAUUCCGACAACUACUUCCGUGGCCGACAACUAUUUCAAGCAAGCUGGAAAAGCAAGGAUUCAAAGCCUCUUUUAAUAUUUCCAUUAAGCAUGAGCAAAAUUACACAGUUUUAUCGAAUAUGCCUGUGCUAACAAAAUAUAAAGACAAAAAUUACAUGUGGACAUGCUUUAAACAAUCACCUUACAUGUUCGCUAAACAUUUGACGAUUGUGAUAACUACAUUCUCUAAUAUUGCUUUAUCAUCAAACAUCAAAUUUUGGUGCAGAAAAAACAUGACAAAACUUGUACAAAUUGCGAAAACCAAUGUUAAAAGGAUCGCACGAUAUUUGAUAAAAAGAAAUGUUAUGAAAGUACCAAAAAUGGAUUACGUUGUAAUCAAGGAUUUUAAUCACAAUGUCCCCACGUCUGACAAUCAGACUUGGGGACUCAUUCUGCAAAGAGAUACGUCUAUUAUUUACAAUAAAAAAUUAGAUUCCGCUAUGCGCAAAAUACAAAUUGCACACCUUAUAGCGCAUCAAAUGGCAUCUCUUUGUUAUAUUGAUGCGAUUCUUUGGUCAAAAAAUAGUUUUACUAUGUUUUUAGGAACGUUUAUCUUGGAUAAGAUACGACGAAAUGGUCACAUGAUGGAUUUAAUUGUUGUCCAAAUGCAAGAAUUUUUCCGUUUCGUCAUUCCUUCUUAUGUAAAUCCUUUACUUUCGAUCAACACAAACAUUACUAAAAAUAAAUUACUCUUGUCUUCUUUACAUAACAUGAAAUCAUUUGCAAUGUGGCGUCUGUUACAUUUCAUUUCUAAUGGUAUAUUUUGGACUGGUAUCCGCAAAUAUAUACACACAUAUAAUUCAGGCACGACAAAUGACUACAAUAAUUUAUGGUCCGUUAUGCAACAUACUAUAAAUUCAAGAAAUAGUAAAUACAAAUUGAAUAUAAAGAAUUUAAUAGAUAUUUGGACAACGAAAACAUAUUAUCCUGUACUAAACGUCACGCGAGAUUACAGGAAUGACGCGGUGGAGAUAGUCUUCGUCAAAUCUAUCGAUAUAAUUGAUAAGGAUACAGAAAAUUGGAUACCUGUGACUUAUACAACGAACUCAUCUUUACAUUUUACAAAGGCCAAUAAUUUGUUUUGGUUAAAUUCGUAUAAUCAGAGUUAUAGAAUUGAAGGGAUUAACAGAGAUGAUUGGAUCAUAGUUAACAUACAACAAAUUGGAUAUUAUCGUGUCAUUUACGAUCUUGAAAACUGGAAAAAACUUGCGCACUACUUAAAUUACGAAAAUACCGAAAUACAUGUUCUCAAUCGUGCUCAAAAUUAUCGAUGAUGCGUAUCACUUCUUAUUACAAAAACAAAUUAGUUACAAGAUGUUUUGGAAUAUCACGAGCUUUCUAACACAAGACACAGAUUAUGUAGCAUGGUAUCCUAUGAUUAAAGCUUUCGAACACAUCAUGUGCAUCUUUCCAAUUGAACAUAGUAAAGAUGUAACGAGAAACAUGAUAAAAAUGUUGGAAGCACUUGUUAUAAACAUAGGGUACUAUAAAAGAUCCGGAGACAAUGAUCUUACUAAAUGUUUAAGAGAAGAAAUGAUAAAAUGGGCAUGUAUUUUCGAUAUUUCCGAUUGCCGAAAGAUAGCUACGACAAAAUUGCAGAAAAUGUUAAAUCUUGGACAAAAGAUUGAUUUGUCGCCGAAAGAAUGGAUAUACUGCAAAGGAUCAAUGGUGACGAAUGUUGAAACUUUGCAUUCUUUGUGGCUUUUGUGGCAGGAAACAUUAGAUACUAGAAUUUUAGAAUUUAUGGCUUGCUCUGAAAAUUCUAUUGUUAUUCACAAUUACUUGAAAGACGUAAAAUUAGAGAAAUAUAAAACUGAAUUCAAAGCCAAUGAGCAGGCUUAUAUAUUUCUUUUCACUGUAGCGAAACAUGCAAACAAGGACACGGUGUUUACGAUGAUCUUACAUAAUUUUGACAAUCUAAAACCUAAGCAGGUUAACACAAUUGCAACAUUAAUUGUAAUUAUUACGCAUAUACAGUCCGUACAUAACUUGAAAAUGGUGGAAACUUUCGCGAAAGAUCAUUAUUCACAACAAAUACCAAUUCAAGCUGUUAGAAGGAAAAUAAAGAAACGAAAACAGGAAUAUUCAAGACUUAUCGAAAACUACAUGCUUCUAAUUUAGUCAAAGUGAAGAUAAAGCUAAGAAAAAUAAAGAGCCAAACAUUUGAAUCGAUAGAAGAUAAUAAUUUUACUCGUUGUGUUUAUACGUUUACAUUUAUAUAUUAGUAAUUGU